AAGUCAUGACUUCUUAAAUGAUGAGACAAUGGCGACAGCUGAGACCUGUCAACGAAGAAUUCCUCCAUUUCCUUCCAAUUCUUUCUUCUCCUUCUUUUGUACUUGGGGUGGAUUGGGGUGCCCCAUGAGUUUCCCUUUGAUGGUUUUAUUUGCCUAAAGUUUUAUUACUGUAAUGGAUAGCCGACCAUUGAUAGUCUGAGCUACUUUUGUUGCUUUUGCAUUGUAUUCUCCCCCCUUUAUAGCUUUUAUUUUUGCCAAUUUUCACCUUUAUAUCAACUUUCUGCUUGCUGGUACUUGAGCGAUUCCUCACCUUUUCCUACACCUUUUAGAGGUUAAUUAAAAAGGCGGAUGGAUGACGAUUUUUGCCAGUAACUAACAACAGAGUGUACCAGUGGUCCGGUGGAAUUUUGCGGGUGAUAACUCCUAGAGUGCUAACUUUAUUUGUAUUCCUAGCUCCCAGAAUAGUACACAAGCUGCAUUUGGUCGCGCUCAGCACAUACUAAGUGGUUUCUCUCAGAAAGAAAUUCAUCGCAGACUUCGUAAAUAGCAGCAGCAGAUUUGGGAUUUGAGGAACUUACAAAUUCACACUACUAUAUGCAAUUGGAAAGCAGAGAUCCUGAGUAUGGAGAUUUGAGAUGUAUGGAGUGUGAAGUACCAGAAGUGGUUGUUUUCCUGAAAGAAAAUGGUUGCCAGAUCUUCAAGGGUUUGUGUAUGGAUGGGGAAGUGCCUUGUCAUGACAAAUGUUGUGUGGAAAACUGUGAGUUGGACCACAAUAAUAUAUCCAACCUGUUGAAGUAUGAGCUGGCCAGAAACAGCAGAGAGGUUUCUGAAGAAAUGUUGGUAUAUACUAGCAUUUCAACUGGGGCAGAAGAAUCUUUCUCUAACCAUGAUUGCAUUCAUGAUGAUGCCAAGCUUUGUGAUGCUGACAAGAAGCUGCUGAUGGAAGAUAAAACAGUUUCUGGUGAAACUGCUCAUAUUUCAACAGAGGCUUGUUCUUCUUCAGAGAAGGAAUUAUCAGAUAUACGAAAUUUGAGUAGUACUGAGCAGAUCACCGGUCCCUCUCUUUCUCAGUUGUUUAAUUGCGAAGAUGUUAGACUAGAUCAACAACAGAAUCAUCAGGAGCAUCCAAAGACGGAAACAAUCAUAGCGGAGACUUGGUCAGCUGGCAAGGAAGCAGAUUGCAGAAACUGCAAUGGAGUAGAUCUAAGAUCAGAGGUUGAGUUGGGAGCCCAAAGAAUAACAGAUGACUCUGAUUCACAACCAAUUACGGACGCCAAGGACGAAAGCACCACCGAAGACAAAAGCACCGAAAGCACCUGCGAGGCGGCGGAUUGCAUGUCAAAAGUACCAUUAUUAGCAUCAUCAUCAUCACGUCAAAAUGAAAAUACCGCAGGGCAUCAUCGAGAACUUGGAAGCUCUAGCUUCUCUGCAGCAAGCACUCCCUCUGGUCGAUUAACGUUCUCUGGGUUGAUACCAUUUUCUGACAACAUCUCCGUCCGCUCGAAUAGCACAGCCAGCACGAGAUCUUUUGCAUUUCCCAUAUUAGCAACAGAAUGGAACGAAAGUCCCAUAAGAAUGGCAGAAGUUGACAGAAAGCCCAAAAGGUGGGGAUGUUGGAGGAUGUGUUUUACAUGUUCGAAUUUUUAGAGUGUUGUAAAUCUCGUCCUGUAAAAUCUUUACCAAAUACCACAUGAUCCAGAUAUCAACUUAAUAAUAUACCCUGUCAAGUGUGAAAGGCCACAUACUUUUAUAAUUUUUUUUGGUCACUUUUAUAGUAUACCCACUGAGGCAAUGUAUACUCUGAUUUUCUUC